UAGUUGAAUUUGACACGGCACGCCAGACCAGAGUAACAACUACGGUCAUAUAUAUAGCUGCAUCUCCAUUUAUAUAAUUCUUCAGCAUUACUUCAACUAAGAAAAUUAAUAACAGAAUGGAGCGUGCGUUCUUUGUUUGCAUUUUUUUGUGUUUGUGGUUUGUUUUGAGCCGAUCUGCGGAUUUCGGAGAUGGAGUAAGUGUGCUUUCUUACUUAGAGAGCGAUGCUGCGGCGUCUGGUUCUCCUUCCGAGCCUCUCAUGGUCCCUCUCACUCUUAUUCAUGGAGCUGAUUCUAAGGGAGCUGUGUGUUUGGACGGGACGCUGCCUGGUUAUCAUUUCCAUCAGGGGUCUGGAUCAGGUGCAAGCAACUGGCUCAUUCACUUUGAGGGAGGUGGGUGGUGUAAUACCAUUAAAAGUUGUGUCUUCCGUAAAACCACUCGUCGCGGUUCGUCAAAAUUUAUGGAGAAGCAAUUACCAUUUACGGGAAUAUUGAGCAACAAAGCUGAAGAAAAUCCUGAUUUCUUCAACUGGAACAGAGUUAGGUUACGUUACUGUGACGGAGCAUCUUUCAGUGGGGAUAGUCAAAAUGAGGCAGCACAACUAAAUUUUAGAGGACAGCGUAUCUGGUUAGCUGCAAUGGAAGAUUUAAUGGCCAAGGGAAUGAAAAAUGCUGGACAGGCUCUUCUUUCUGGAUGCUCUGCUGGUGGUCUAGCAUCCAUUCUUCAUUGUGAUGAGUUUCGGGACUUAUUUCCAAAAACAACUAAAGUGAAAUGUCUAAGUGAUGCUGGAAUGUUCCUUGAUGCAGUUGAUAUAUCUGGUGGGCGCACCCUAAGGAAUAUGUAUGCAGGCGUGGUUAGCUUACAGGGAGUACAAAAGAAUCUGCCAAGUACUUGUACCAGCCAGCUGGAUCCAACUUCGUGCUUCUUCCCUCAAAAUUUAGUCGCAAACAUCAAGACCCCUUUGUUUCUUCUCAAUGCAGCAUAUGAUGAAUGGCAGGUCCAAGCUAGUUUAGCUCCAUCAUCCGCUGAUCUUGAUGGCAACUGGAAAGAAUGCAGAUUAAAUUUUGCACAUUGUAAUUCUUCACAGAUCCAGUUUUUCCAAGACUUUAGGGAUCAAAUGCUCGAUGUCGUAAAGACCUUCUCGAAGUCAAACCAAAAUGGCUUAUUCUUAAAUUCCUGUUUUGCUCAUUGCCAGUCUGAGAGGCAGGAUACAUGGUUUGCUAAUGAUUCUCCUGUUAUUGAGAAAAAGAGGGUUGCAGAAUCUGUUGGAGACUGGUAUUUUGAUCGAGUAGCUGUCAAAGCUAUUGACUGUCCGUUCCCCUGUGACAACAGCUGCCACAAUCUAGUGUCUAAGUGAGUGAGUGAGAAAUUAUUCAUGGGCCCAAGCCAUUUAAUCAUUAUAACAAAAUGUCAUUUGUAGACUUUGUAUCAUUCAUUAACUUGAUGAUAAGGCUGUUAAUUGCUGAAGAAUGUGAAGCAGUGGCUAUAAUCAUUCUUCCUCUGUGUUCUAGCAGAUUAUAAGUCUAUGUUUUCUUGAUAGGACAUUGAGGUUCCUCAGGCUUACCUACGUGUUAAUUCUAUUUCUCUGCCUCAAAAUUAUCUGUAGAACACUAAAAUCUUGCAUAGCUUCUGCAAUGUAUGAUUAUGAUUAUGGAAAAACAGUAUCAUAUUCCCCUAUAAUUUCCUUCAUAAAUUGAGCAAGUUUUUUUCUUCU